CAAUGUCUGUCUUGUAACACCUGCAGGUAUUACAACCCAUUGAUGUAUAUAUAUAUGUUUGCUCAACCAGCUCCCUACUUCACCACGGUUUUUAAGCCUCUUCCCACUAAUUGCUGGAACUUAUAUAAAACUUGUGUUUAUAUUUGAAUUUAUGUGCUUAACUUUAAAUCUUUCGUUUUGGAUUAAUAUUGUUGACAAUUGCAUGCUCUUGUUUGUGGGUUGUUAAAACCAUGGAGAAGAUGAGUAAGUUGAUGUUCAAUGGGCCUAUUGCAUGUGCCUCAUUGACAUACUUUCUUUUAGCCAUGGCAUUGGGAUAUUUGUGUUUGUUUCACAGUUUUCGCCCGGGCAUUCAUAUUUCUGAGAUUCCCAAGUACUCUGACGGGUCUAAUGGCACAUGCAAUGUCUUUGAAGGAAGUUGGAUGUAUGAUGAAAGUUACCCUUUAUACGAUUCCUCAAAAUGUCCAUUUGCAGAACGUGGAUGGAAUUGCUGGGCUAAUGGGAGGAAAGAUAAAGGCUAUGCAAAAUACAGGUGGAAGCCCAACAACUGUGACCUUCCAAGGUUCAACGCACUUGCAAUGCUUGAAAUGUUUCGUGGGAAAAGAAUUGUUUUUGUGGGUGAUUCGUUGGGCAGAGCACAGUGGGAGUCUUUUGUUUGUUUGCUCAUGACAGGAGUGGAGGAUAAGAAGAGUGUGUAUGAAGUGAAUGGAAAUAAGAUCACCAAAACCAUCAGGUUUUUAGGCGUGCGGUUCAGUUCCUUCAAUCUUAGUGUUGACUUUUAUCGAUCGGUUUUCCUGGUGCAGCAUGGCUCUGUGCCAAGCCAUUCACCCGACUGGGUGAGGAAAACGCUUAGACUCGAUGAGUUGGAUGAUAUUAGCAACGAGUGGGUUGAUUCUGAUAUUCUCAUAUUUAAUUCAGGCGGCUGGUGGACAGAGAGUAGGUUAUUUCGUGAAAUGGGCUGCUUUUUUCAGGUGGGUGAUACAUUGGAUGUCGGGAUGCCAGUCACAACAGGCUACAGAAAAGCAUUAGACACAUGGGCAUCUUGGGCUGAGACUGCAAUCAACACAUCGAGGACAAGAGUGUUCGUCAAGACUUUUGAAGGCGGCCAUUGGAGUGGUGAAAAUGGGGGUUCUUGCAAAGUGACUCAACGCCCUUCGCUAGACACCAAUGGCAGAGACAGAAACGAGGUUUCAGACAUCAUGAUCCAAGUUGUUGGGAAAAUGAAAAUUCCUGUGACAAUUCUGCAUGUUACCUCAAUGUCUGCAUUCCGCAGUGAUGGACAUGUGGGCAGGUGGAGUGACAAUCCAUCUGUACCUGAUUGUAGCCAUUGGUGUCUACCUGGUGUACCUGAAACAUGGAAUCAACUUCUCUUCUCAUUUCUCCUACCCUAGAUUGGGCCUCCCUUUCACAUUUUUGUGCACAAAGAGGUGUUAUUUAUCAUCAUAUUAUCAAUCGAG